UUCCAGUGCAUCAAGCGAUGCAUGUACUUUACACGUAAAUAAAUAUAUCGUUGCAUUAAUGGUACCAGAAUUGCAUUGCAUACGAUCUUAGUCACCAAACAUUCUAUCAACGAUCAAAAUAAGGAGGCGUCGGUGGAUACAAACUACUCAACGAAGAAUCUCAGUCUAAAAUUUAUAAAAAAUGUCCAUUUUAGACGAGCGAGAGGAUUACCUGAAGAAUCCCUUAUUCGUGAAGCACGAGUACGGCGACUUUACUCCGUUUUAUGUUACUGUUGGCAUCUGUUCUGUGGUAUUUGCUGUCCUGUGUAUUUUGAACCUAGGAUUUUGUUUCUGUUCGCGGCAUCGAAGUUACUGGCAGAGUCCCCAUACCGGAAACAGGUGGAUUCAACCCUUGUGGACAGUGUUGCCGCACAAAACACCACCUUUAGAUUUAAGCGAAUUGGAGCCAGGACGUAAAGUUCAGCCAGAAACCCGUGCAGUCUUGCAAUACCAUAACCCAGAACCAUAUACAACUGCACCGCAAACAGAAGAGUACAUGGAGAUGCAAAAACGUGAGAGUGAAAUUUAAUUAUACAGUAACAAAAAACGAAAUAAU